CUGGACAUGGGAUUGUGUUGCGCUCGUAUCUGGCUAGUAGUUGAAAUGUCGAGGCGGCGAAGACAUUAGCAGGUCAGGAAUUGAAUUCGUGGCUCGGAGCCGUCUUAAUUUGCAGUGGUUUGAUAGAGAAACCGCUCUAAGUAAGAAUACGAAGGGACUAGGUUAUCGACGUCUGUGGAAAGUGUAGGAAUCCAAAUCACCGAGCAUGAUGAGAAGGUGAAGACUCGGCUUCAGAUGAGAAGCAAACGGUGGAUCUAAGUGUGCAAAGUAAGUAUGCCUAUGACCCCGAUGCUGUAACUCCACAAUCCGUUUGGCGUGAGUUGUAAACUGAGCGCUUGGGGUGGAUCAAAGGUGACGUAGCGGGGCCCGGCGUUGAGGUGAAAGACUCGUCCAAUAAGGGUGACGAUGCAAGACUCAUCUGGUGCGGGGAGGAGAUUACCGGAACAGAACAGCUUUCCUGGUCGCGGCACUACCGGAAACUCUUGCUUUCUUUACCUUCCAUCUGGUUGCGAGGAGGACACUGGUAAUGACAGGUAGAAUUCCUUGUGUUGGCUUGGAGGAAUGUGUUGCUGUGAUUGAAGAAGCUCGGCGCUAGGAGGCUUAACCGCAAAAGCAAUACGAUACGACGAGCAUUAUUAGGGUUAGAAGCGAUGAUGCGCUUCAAGUGAAAGUGGUUUCCGACUUCAUCGCCGUUUUAUGGUUGUGCAGGCGGGGGGUGAGGUAAGACGGAACAAAGAUGGAGGGGAUCGGAGACGGGACAUUAGAAGGACGAGGCGACUUGAUGAGGAAGUUGAACGAUGAUACGGUUAUUCACGUGCUCCACUAUUUGGACACGAUGCAGGACAUCGCCAACGCCACUGGUGUCUGCCGCUCUUGGCGUCGUUUUGUUCUGGAAGGUCGGUUGUGGAAAGGACUCUGUUUGAAAGAGUUUCCUGAGGUGAAGUUAUUCGAGGAGGUCGCCGAGUUCGUUGAGCUAGACCAACCGAGGGAUUUAUAUGGAGCUGGCUCUAGUGGCUCAUCUUUCAAUGCUAAUCUGGAGAGGGAUGAGCGUAUAUAUCGAUAUCUAUUUCGAGAACUCAGAAAUGAGCCCAUGUCUGAUAAAACUUGCAUUCGUGAGGCGGUUAGUGCUUCAAGUACAGACAACAAUCCUGAGGAGAGUAUAGUUCAGACUUUAUAUCCUAGACCCCGCUACUCUGAUGAGCAAACACCAUCCUAUUGGUCGAGUACCGGUCAGCGAGAUGUUAAUUGUCCAGAAACUCUUACCUACAAUCUACUGUCGCAGCUAUGUGUGGUUCAUGAAGUCCGCAUUCGGCCCUUUCAAGCUUUUUUCCAAAUCGGGCAGCCCAUAUAUUCCGCUAUGAAUGUGCGGAUCCGUCUUGGCUACGAAAGCAUGUCAAAGACUGACUGCCAUUCUGGAAAUUCGAAGGAUUAUGUGUGGACGUAUGAAUCACCUAAGUUCAACAUGGAACAGGUGGACUCAAUGCAAGUAUUUAAGUUGCCACGACCUGUCGUAUGCAUUGGAGGCGUUCUUCAAGUGGAACUUCUGGGUCGUGUUCAGACCCAGCAAAUGGAUCAACUUUACUACAUUUGCAUAUGUCAUGUGAGCGUGGUGGGAUGGCCACUUGCUGCUUUCAGUAUUUCUCGUACUGGGGAGCCUCCCAAAUUUUGUUUAGAGUAUAGAGGAAGAUACAAGGAGAGCGAUGCUGGCAGUGAUGUAGCCAAUAAAAGUUUGGUGUCUGAAGGAGAGACAGCCUCAGGGACUUGGAUGACUUUUGCGGAACGUAUUAGGCAGUUAAGAGCUAGCCGAGUACUACGUCGAAACCGGAUACUGAAUACAUUCUUGGGAAACAUAACUGUGGCUAGCUUACUCCUGGCUCAGGAGGAUCCUGAGGACUCGUCGAGCGAUGAAGAGGUUGACAUGGAAGAUGCAGAAGCGGAUCGCGAUGAGGAAGACGACUCGGUUCCUUUGUAGUGUAAAAUUGGUUUGUGCAGCUGUAUUACGAGGCUAUAUGACUGUAGUUUGACGUGACCAUCUCACCAUGCUCGUGUUAGCAUGUUGGGGUGUCGCCAGGUUAUCCUUUUCUUCAGAUUUGUUUAGGUCUAGUAUGAGUGCCAACUUCCUUGGUGUUCGUCAACUUUCCUUAAAAACCUUUUUCUACUUUUUUUUAGCGCAGUAUGACGUAAUAGCUACAUGAGAACUUUUAUACUGUGUCUGUUGCUUUUUGAGCUUCAAACGCUAGGAAAGAAGUGUAAAAAUCUGCAGGUCUGUUGACAGGGAAGGUCGUAGGUCUGAUAUUUACCUUAGGUUUCUCUAGACUGAUUGUAUGCAUAGUCCAGUGACUUUGAUUACUCUGUGUUUUAGUAGGCUUAAAAGAUAGCGUGGAACUCUGCAUGCAUGUCCUGUGAGUAGCCAGGGAGUUGUUAUGUAUGACACUGAAAGUGAACUACUCUCCAUCAUAGGACAGAACCCUACUCACUAUCAUUGAUGCUUUGUAAUUGUUCUAAAACUUUGGAAACUUUUUAAUCAACUUUCAUUUCUAAAUUCGCCA